CUGAAUUUUUUUCCAUGUUAUAAAAACCUGGGGAAUUUUUGUUUAAAUUGUGUUUGAUUUGUUCGUUUGCUUUGAAAAAAAUAUCGUUUCAACAUGCUUGUUGGUGGUUCGGCCAGGAAAGGUCACCAAUCAGACGAUGACGACGACUUUUUCAAACCUACCGCCAAUUCAACGCUAGCCAAAAUCUUCGGAAUUUCUAAGCCCAGCAAUGCUCCCCCGAAGAAACCACCCCCGGCCGGAAUUCAAGGCAGUGCUCCGAACUCGGGCGUCGUUGGUGCGAAGGUUUCCGAUCGCUACGGAGCGUCGUCGUUCCGUUACGUUCCCCCCGCGCCAGACCCCGCUGAGAGCCAGCAGACACCGUCGUCGUCGACGACGACGACGUUAGUGGAAGCUGCCGCCGAGUGGAACCUGGUGCAGGCCAGCGUGGUCACCGCUUAUAAGCUGAUAAAUAAUGAAAACACUGCUCAAGGAAAGUUGGGGAUUGCUCUGCUGAGUUCCGGCACGGAUUUCAAGAUUCUCCUCUAUCGAUCUAAAACGGACGCGUUGGCCACGCUCAACAUCUCGACCGGCACCAAACUGUUCCUCAAGCAAGACUACCUGCAGUUCCAAAGUGACGACGACAGCUUCUGGAGCGUUUUAUUCGAAGCUGUGGCCGAACGCGACCGUUUGCUGGCGACGAUCGGCCAGAUUUGCAGCGUUGAGCAGGAGAAGCUUCCACCGCCGCCCAGACCUGUGCCAGCGUCCAGGACGACGGCGGCACCCAUCGUGGAAGAGCCCGAGUCGGACGUGGAUCGAAGCAACAGGGCGAGCUUGAUUUCGCGCAUGGCUCGCGUUGGCCAGCCGAUUCUUCCGCAAGAUAAAGCUGCAGUCGCGUCUACGACUGAAGUCGAUUCGUCGGACACGGAUGCGGCGGUUCGGAUCGAAACCAUUCCGCGUCAUCGGAGGACCGGGAGUGGCGGGGGUAAAAUGACGAUUGGAAUGCAGAUGGUUCCGUCGACGGCGCUGUCUAGUGCGAUUGCUGGGCAGAACAUGCUGCAGACUGCGGCGGAUUGUAAUUUUAACAUGUUUAUGGCCGAGAACCGGAUGCAGGGCACCGAAGUGAGGAUGAACCUGUCGAAGUUGGAGUCCAAGCUGGAUCGAGUGUUGGAUAAGAUCGAUCUGUUGAAUGUUGGGGGCAGCUCGGCGGAGGGAAAGUCGCUGCUGGACAAGGACGAGGACAUUCUGGCGCUGGAGGAGAAGGUGCUGGAGUUGAAGAAGGAAAAUCAUGCGUUGAAGGGGAAAGUAAGGACGUUGGAAGCGGAAGGUAAGUCGAUGAGGGAGAACUCGUUGGCGAAGGAGGAUUUGCUGGAAGCUGAGGAAAAGUGUCGCGAGUUGGGAGAGAAAGUUGCUUUGCUAGAAAGGGAGCUGAAAACUAGUCAAAAUAAAAGUAAUGAAGAUCGCGCCCAGUUUGAGCGAAAAGUGGAGGAAAUUUCGUUGAAGGAUGAAAUUAUAGAAGGUAAAACCAAAGAAGUUCGCGUUUUGGAAGAACAACUACAAAUUGCUCAAUCAAAGGAAAAAGAGACUGGUGAGGCCAACGCGGUGUUACAAACACAAAUUGAAAGUUUAAAAGAGUCACUGAAAGUUGUAGGACAGCAACUGGAAGAUCAGAAAGUCUCUGAAGCGUCCAAUAAAACGAUGCUGGACGGGUUGGUAAAGGACAUCAUGAACAACUGCUACCAACGACUAAGCGAACGGAUCGAGGACGGUAAAAUUUUGAAAAUCAUCGGUCAAACUAUCAAACAGGAGACCAAGGCUGCCCUGGAACGCCAGCUGCCGAAAUAGCAUGUGAUAGCGAACAUCCUACGAAGGACUGC